UUAACUGGGGAGGGUUUAUUCAAAUUAACAAAUAGCUUAUAAAAAUCAGAAACUGUUAUGUGCUGUGGAGCUUCGAGGGAACAGCAUUUAACAAGAAAAAAACAAGAACUUGCUACCAUGUCAGGGAAGCCAAUCCUUCACUACUUUGAUGGACGGGGCAGAAUGGAGCCCAUCCGGUGGCUCCUGGCUGCAGCUGGAGUAGAGUUUGAAGAAAAAUUUAUGAAAACUCGAGAGGAUUUGCAAAAGUUAAGAAAUGAUGGAGAUCUAAUGUUCCAGCAAGUACCCUUGGUAGAGAUUGAUGGGAUGAAGCUGGUACAGACCAAAGCCAUUAUGAACUACAUUGCCAUGAAAUACAACCUCUACGGGAAGGACAUGAAGGAGAGAGCCCUCAUUGAUAUGUAUUCAGAAGGUGUAGCAGAUCUGAAUGACAUGGUUAUUUCUUACCCAUACCUUCCACCUGCGGAGAAAGAGGCAAGCCUUGCCAACCUCAAAGACAAAGCAAGGAACCGUUAUUUUCCUGCCUUUGAGAAGGUGUUAAAGAGCCAUGGACAAGAUUACCUUGUUGGCAACAAGCUGAGCAAGGCUGAUGUUUCCCUGGUUCAAGUUAUCUACCACACAGAAGAGCUGGACUCCAGCGUUAUGGCCAACUUCCCUCUGCUGAAGGCACUGAGAACCAGAGUCAGCAACCUCCCGACAGUGAAGAAGUUUCUGCAGCCUGGUAGCAAGAGGAAGCCUUCCGAGGAUGAGAAACGCAUAGAAGAAAUAAAGAAAAUUUUCAGUUAAAUUAGGCAGAAAUGGAUUCAUAGCACCCACAAGACCACCCUUCUAAAGCUUUGUAACAAUGAAGUUCUUUGUCUAAAUAUUCAUCUUGCUUAUUAUGAGGCUGAUAGAGUUUCCUAAAGUUUAUGUUAAUUUAGGUAGGAAUGACUGAUACAGAUGUAUUGGAAUGCAGUCCAUCUAGUUUGGGUCAAAGUUGAAAUCAUUAUCAUGUCCUAAGACAUGUUUUUGAAUUUGAAUAAAACAUAACAAGAUUCUUAGA